AUGUCCGAUGAUUCGAGCAGCUCACCGGAGGGUAAGAAGCCGCGGCGGCGGUGGUGGGAAUUCGGAAUCGUUGGUACUUCCGGAAAGGAGCUGCGUGCGGUUCUGGUGGGUACGCCUGACAGGUCCGGGAAGAUCCGCACAACCACCGUCAACGUGACAGCUGGUAGCAGUUCCUUUUACGAGGGGGAAAAAUUCCCUUGUUCUAUGGGUUAUGCAGUGGUAGGAACGAAGCUAUAUGCUUUUGGUGGUGAAGCUGGUAGGCGCCCAUCUACAGGUGGUGUUCGUGAGUAUCCGCGAGAUUUAUACGUGUGUGAUCUGACAAUGAAUCCCGAAAACUUUAAAUCGCUCGUAUUUGAAGUACACCCAAACAAGCUGAAGGGGCCGAAGCAACUGUGCAUUAAUGUGGCCUACAAAGAGAAGAUUAUCAUGCUGGAGCGGACUUAUUGUCGUGGUAACGGAGAGGCUCAGUGUCCUGCUCCUUGCGAGGUUUUGAAUCUCAAAGAUCUCAGUGUUGUGACAGUUGAAACCCCUUUUUGGACCUGGAAAGACGAGGAUGGUGAGCCUUUCCGCCCUGCUUUCUCAGGUCAUGUUGUUUCAGGGAAUGUAUUGUAUGUUCUUGUGUGGAAUUAUUGUGGUGAAAACGUUUUGUAUGGUCUUGACAUGGACAAGCUACUGUGGCACCCCUACUUUCAUGAUUCACCCUUAAAGUGGGCGAUGUACAGGGAGAGUAUCUAUCGUAAUUGGCUCUGCUCAAGAGUUGUCCAUGGUGGUAAAUAUUUUGUUGUGAAACCCGACCUUAAGCCUAGACUUGUUGUGAAGAACCUCAUGGGCAUGCAACAGGAGCUGGAUACUGUAUCCGAGCUUGUUGGUACAGCACAAAACGACAAAUUCUUCGAGAAUGCUGUGGUUGUUCCUUUUGGAUACGACGAGGAUGAUGAUGCCAACUCUGGUGUGUAUUGCAUGUUUGUGUGGUAUAGAUCUCAUGUUGACCCAGAAGCUGAUUUCUUCAAGGCUUGCAAGUUCAAAUUGAUCGACAAUGGUGACUGCAGCAGUGCUACUGGUGGCUCAAGCCCCCCCUAUGACUGUGUAAUCUUAUCCGAGGCUGAAGUCCUAGAUGACUUUCCAGAUGAUUUCUAUGGCUAUGGUUACACAGCAUUCACUCCAACGUCUUACAUAGCGAUGAUUACCUGGGGUGAUUCUUAUUAUAGAUGGUAA